UUCGCGCCCCCUUCUUUUUCAGCCGCGGGGACCUAGGAGGCUCUGUGAACCUGCUGACUGGGAACGGAUAUGGCGGCCACACUGGGCAGCGGGGAGCGCUGGACCGAAGCUUACAUUGAUGCAGUUAGAAGAAACAAAUAUCCGGAAGAUAGACCUCCUGAAAGUCAUGACCCCUGUGGCUGCUGUAACUGCAUGAAGGCGCACAAGGAAAAGCAUUCUGAGAAUGAGUGGAAUCAGACCUGGCAGGAGGGGAGCUCCACUUAUACAGAAGAACAACUGCUUGGGGUACAAAGGAUCAAGAAAUGCAGAAACUAUUAUGAAAUUCUGGGAGUUUCUCGAAACGCUAGUGAUGAAGAGCUUAAGAAAGCAUACAGAAAACUUGCCCUGAAGUUUCACCCUGACAAAAACUGUGCUCCUGGAGCAACAGAUGCUUUCAAAGCGAUAGGAAAUGCCUUUGCAGUCCUGAGCAAUCCUGACAAGAGGCUCCGCUAUGAUGAAUAUGGAGAUGAGCAAGUGACUUUCCCAGCACCUAGAGCCAGACCUUAUAAUUAUUACAGGGACUUCGAAGCCGACAUUACUCCAGAAGAGCUAUUCAAUGUCUUCUUUGGUGGACAUUUUCCUACAGGAAAUAUUCAUAUGUUCUCAAAUGUGACAGAUGACAGUCAUUAUUACCGCCGGCGACAACGACAUGAGAAGACACCGACACAAAAGGAAGAGGAAGAAGAUAAACCUCAGACUACGUAUUCUGCAUUUAUUCAGUUGCUUCCAGUUCUCGUGAUUGUGAUUAUAUCGGUCAUUACUCAGCUUCUGGCUGCUAAUCCCCCAUAUAGUCUAUUCUAUAAAUCAACCCUGGGCUAUACCAUUUCUAGAGAAACUGAGAACCUACAGGUGCCUUACUUUGUGGAUAAAAACUUUGACAAGGCCUACAGAGGAGCUUCUCUGCGUGACCUGGAGAAAACAAUCGAGAAAGAUUAUAUCGAUUACAUCCAGACGAGUUGCUGGAAGGAGAAACAGCAAAAGUCAGAGUUAACAAAUUUGGCUGGAUUAUACAGAGAUGAACGGCUGAAACAGAAAGCAGAGUCGCUGAAACUUGAAAACUGUGAAAAACUUUCCAAACUUAUUGGCCUUCGCAGAGGUGGCUGAGAGGGUGGUGUCCUUCCUGCCCAGGAUCUGGGGUUUUGUUACUUGUUACUACUUAUGUUCCCAAGUCCAUUUUAUAAUACAAAAUUAGGAAAUGAUGAACAUUUUACUAUUUGUGAACCUUGGGCAGAGUUGAGGGGCUUGAGCAUGGAGCCAGACCUUUAUUUCAUCACAGAGUCCUCCUGGGGAGAGGCUUCUGGGACAGGAGCACUUCACUUAAGCGACAUAGGUGGCAAAACAUCCACUCAGCCUACCCUGCCUUUGUGAAGACAGUUGAGGGCAUCCCAGAGCACGGCAAUGAUUCCCUUGCUUCUUCCCAUCUUCAGUGAUCUUGAUACCCAGGCAUUCCUGGGCCUGGCCGAAGCAGUUCCAUAUUGUUUAUGGCAUCUUCCAGGAAUCAUCUCCCUACAUAAAAGUCAUUAUCAUCUCUCUUGAGAAAUAGCCCUGGGAAUCCUGGCUUUCUGUUAUCCCAGCCUCCAGUCAGAGAAUCCAGAAAUUAAAAUCACAGAUGAGUGGAAAUUCAGCAGCUAGAAGCAGAGUCAGGGAGAAGGGGGAAUGAAAGACUCAGUUCACCUCCUCAGUGCAGAUCCCCAGGCCAUCACAGAACCCAGAUUCUGCUCUUUGUCAUUCUCCCUUGAUGUACUUGUUCAGUACCUGCACCCUUGAACCGAGUCCCUCCAUUCCACAGAGGUACUGUGGUUAGACCCACGAGGGGUCAGAGCCACCCAAUCAGUGAGCCUCCCUCUGUGGUAGGGGCAGCGGUUAGUGUUGGGUUCUGCAGCCAUU